GGUAAUUGUCAUCGGCUUGUCACCGCAAUGUAAAAAAAAGCUGUCAGAGUGGGCGGUUUUUCUUUUUUGUGACAAUAAAUAUGACGCUACCAGAAUUUUUUGGUUGUACACUAAUUGCAUUUGGCACACCGUUUGCACUGUUUGUGUUCACCAUUGCCAAUGACUCCAUGCGCAUCAUAAUACUCAUAGCGGCCGCCUUCUUUUGGCUGCUUUCGUUGCUGUUGUCGUCGAUGCUGUGGUUUGCGAUUGUUCCCCUGCGCGAUGUACUGGCCUUUGGUGUGGUGUUCUCGGUGCUCUUUCAGGAAUGCUUUCGCUACAUCAUCUAUCGUAUUCUGCGCAGCACAGAGCACGCAUUGCACGCCGUGGCUGAGGACACACGGAUGACGGAAAACAAACAUAUUUUAGCCUACGUUUCAGGGCUUGGAUUCGGAAUCAUAUCGGGUUUGUUUGCGCUGGUUAAUGUGUUGGCGGAUAUGACUGGACCUGGCACAAUGGGCCUCAAGGGCGGCUCUGAAAUGUUUUUCGUCACGUCGGCUGUCCAAGUGCUUUCAAUUGUCCUGUUGCACACAUUCUGGAGCGUUAUCUUCUUCAACGCUUUUGAUACAAAUAACUAUCUACAUAUUUUCUACGUAGUUGGCUCACAUCUCUUCGUCUCCCUGUUGACGCUACUCAAUGCGGAUGGCUUGUACUGGGCCAGUCUCGUACCCAACUAUGUUGUAACGAUUCUCACUGGUGUUUUAGCCUUCAAAGUGGCAGGAGGUACCAGCAAUAGCUUUAAAAGAUUUCUAAUGUGUCGAUAAAUAGUCGAUUAGCUAGAAUGUAUUAUGAAUCUAGUGAUUUAAAACCUGUAAAGAUAUUAUCCUAACUUUAAUUUAAGUUCUGUGACAUCAAAGUGAAUUGUUGUCAACAUUUAUUUGGAGCCCGAUCACAAGAGCGCAAUCUUGGGGCUUUCUUUUCAUUUGAGAAAUUUUUUAUGAAUGUAACUUAAAUAAAAUAACUUAAUAUGUAAAUUGCCGGAUUGCCUACUGGCUAUAGUCCAUUUUUCGCACAUUAAUGCCGUAGUCAGCUAGUGCUGGCUGCAAAUCUUCCAUGGUUAAGGUAAAUUUGCGAUCCUUAGCCUAUAAUGAAGUUAUAUCAAAAUAAAGACAUUUAUUGUAUGUAUA